UUCUGUCGUCAUCAGCAGUCGCCCAGAGAGCGCAGUGGCGGGAGUUUGACGGUUCGGAAACAAAGGAGCCGUUAAUGACGUAAGGAGAGUGAACACUGUCGGUGAACGGUUGUUCGGUUGUUCGGUUGUUUAACGCUCCGGCAGCUGACCGCCAUGACUCAGAGAAAGCGGCUGUCCAACACACAGAGCAGAAGGCAGUCUGGCAGUUUAGUGGUUCAGGAGGAAGACGAUGACACAACGUUCACUCAGCCGAGUACGUCGCAGGUCCAGAGGGGGCUGGAGAAACUCACUCCGGCACAGGUCGACCAGAAGACAGCUGAGGUGGUGCAGUACUUCUUGGUGAAGGACCAAAAGAAGAUUCCCGUGCGGCGAGCAGACCUUGUGAAACACGUGGUGAAGGAGUACAGAAACAUCUACCCUGAGAUCAUAAAGAGAGCGGCUCGUACUUUUGACCAGGUAUUUGGCCUCAAACUGGUUGAAAUCGACCCCAAAAGUCACAUGUACAUACUCAUCAACAAACUGGAGGCAGCAGAGGGAGCGUCGCCGAUCAAUAGUCCCACCAAUCCAAAGAUGGGUCUGCUGUUUGUGAUCCUGAGUGUGAUUUUCAUGAAAGGAGGCGUCGUCAGAGAAAACCUCAUCUGGAACACUCUGAAGAAACUCCGCGUUGACCCCGGAGAGAAACACGAAGAGUUCGGUGACGUGAAGAAGGUGGUCACAGACGAGUUUGUGCGACAAAGGUACCUGGAGUAUGCACGAAUCCCUCACACGGAGCCAAUCGAGCAUGAGUUCCGAUGGGGUCAACGUGCCGAGUUGGAAGUGUCAAAAGCCAAAAUCCUCGAGUUCAUGGGUCAACUCCAUGAACAGGACCCUCAGACCUGGAGCCAGCAGUACAGAGAAGCUCACUCCGUCCCCAACUCGUCCCAGCCCAGCACCAGCAGCCAGAGAUAAUGCUCCAGUCUACACUGUUUCCCUUCAUUGUAUUUAUUUUAUCAGUGCUUUGUUUCCUCUCUGAAUGUGUUUUUGUAUUCAUACUGUAGACUGCAUUAUCAAACACAAAGCAGAGGAGUCUUUUUAAACUGAACCAUCAAUUCAAACAAACACUGGUUAUAAAACAUACAUAUUUGUAUGUCAGUACAUUUAGUCUGAGUGUCAUACAUUCUUGAUGUCUCUCUUCAAUAAGUAAAUAACAUCUCAUAUCACACACAAUCAGUCAGGUAUCCAUUUUCCUUUUAUUGCCUGGACUUUAACGUAACAGUUUAUUUGCUCAAGUUCAGAAAAUAAAAUCUUUUCUAAUAGAUUAAA